AGAUAUCUGUUGGUGUUUGUGCAAGUUCCUGCCUACAGCUUCCUCCCUGUCAGGGAGAAAAAUGUUCUGCUUGACAAGAAAAGCUACGUUUUGAGAACAUCAACAAGAAUCACAGUAUCAAUAGGAUCAAGAACAGGAAAGGCCGCAACGCCAGGCCUGCAAACAGAACAGGUUUUUCAUCAUGGGUGAAAACAGGCUCACUAAGCCUAUAGGGUUAGUUUUUAUCAUCACAGCUCACAUGGUUCUCUAUGGCUCCAGCCAUGCGGAUGUUACUGCUUUCAUCGGCCAAGACAUCUCACUUCACUUCUCAUUUAACACUACCAUCAGUAAAAACAGUACAUUUGGUAUCUACAAAACACAGGAAAAAAAGAUCUCUGAAUAUCCAAGACAUAAAGAGAAGUUUGAGAUUUAUCCUGUAAAUUCCUCCAUAUGUUUUCACAUAAAAAAUCUGAGUCUAGAUGAUGCAAGUAUAUACUGGGCCACUCUUUUUUUAGAUUCAUUUCCAGCAUUAAGUAAUAAAGUGAAUCUGACUGUUAAAGAGGACGACCGUAGCACCACAGAUCCUCCGGUGCUGUGCACCUUCACCAAAACAACAACCGAUGGAAGUUCCAGUUUCUUCUCCUCCCGUGUUGUCACAGUAGUAGCGCUUUCCCCUCUUCUUCUGUUCGCUGCAUUGCUGCUGUUCAUGGUCAUCUGUUUUGCCAAACCAAAAGCGCAAACUCAAGAUGCAUCACGAAGAACCUCAAAUCCCACCAUGCAGGAAACAGUAGAGGUGUCAGUUACAACCCCCGAACCGUCACUGGUCUACAGUGUCCUAGACUUCCCAAAGAGACCCCCAUCAGCCAUGGAGAUUGCUCCCAAUGAUACAGAGUACGCCACUGUCAGCUACCUCCCAGAAAAGAAGCCAAGGCCCCACAAAAAUAAAUGAGAGUUUAAAUUGGAAGAUGCUUUGUUUCAGUUUCAAUGAAAGACUUUAAUACCCCAGAAAAUAAUAAUAUAUUUCAUGUAUAUAUGAUACCUUGUGCUGUAAGUGCAAUGUUGCACAGGGUAUGUUUUUUUUUGUUUAAAAUAUGUAUGAAAGAUGUCACUGUCUAUAAUUAUCAACACAUAGGAAUUAGCAGGAACUUAAAACCUUCACCAACUAUUUGCUAUAAUCAAAAAGAUUUGGUUCAGAUGCAGCACCCAAAAUGUAAUUUUACUUUAUUCUUAUGAGAGCUAACUCAACUAAAAGUAAGUUUAACAUCCUUCUUAAGGUAUUAUAUUUUUUUUGUAAAGACAUUAAAAAGGGAAAAACAUCAGCAUCUAAUUGCAGUAGCGUAUUUGUGUGCAGAAACAUUUAGAAAAAUCCAACCUUUUAAUUUGAGAACAUUUGUUCAGUGGGUGGAAUUCUAAGCUAUACUUGAUAUAAGCCCCCUUCCCAAUUGGAGAGCUCUUUCUUUUUUAGGAGCUUUCAUAGAUAGUGAACUAAGAAACUUUGGUACUGCACAACCUGUCUAAAAAAAUGGAUGCCUGACAUGCCUGCUAUUUUCUUUCAGCUUCCCAGUCUUUCUAUGGGAUUUAU